CUUCAUCGACAACCCAUCAUCGAAAACAAUGCAAUCCUUCAUCGCUUUCCUCGUCAUUGCCACCCUGGCUGGUGUGCAAAUCAACGCCGCACCUACCCCACUCGUCGUGGCUGCGGGUCACAUCAACACUCUUCACAGACGAGAACACCGUGAUAAAACUCACCACAUUCGUAAGAUCAGAAGAGACGACGCUUGCGAAUCUGAAAGUACCAACACCACAUUGUUCGUUUGGGAUAACUCGACUGAUUCCAAUUCGACAUGGUUCAACGGAACUUUAUUCAACUCGACUUGGGAUAAUAUAACCUCUUUCAAUUCGUCUUGGGACGAUGCGACUUGGGAAAACAUCACCGAUCUCACCAACUCGACUGGACAUGAACAUCAAUGGAGUGGAUGGAGUUCUCAAGGUAGUACCGAUAUCUCCAACUCUACAUCGAUUGAAGAUGACGACGAUGU